CAAUACAAAUUCACGUGUGCUUCUUGUUUUUUGUAAGUAGUCAUGACUGCUGUGGCACUCGUGCAGGGCGCGAGUAGAGGUCUGGGUUUUGAGUUCUGCAGAUAUCUGCUUUUAAACAAAUCUCCAGCAGCUGUGAUCGCAACAUGCAGAAACCCGGACGCCGCACAACAUCUGACAGCCCUGAGAGCGCAGCACGCGGACAGGAUGACUGUACUAAAACUAGAUGUCAACAGGGAAGAUGACAUCAAGAGAGCGGCUGAGAGUGUCAAAGCUGCCUUUGGGAAAGUGGAUCUAAUCAUUAAUUCUUCAGCUAUGCUUCAUCCGUCCGGUAAAGGAGAAACAAGUUUACGAGAUGUGUCUGCUCAGGGAAUAAUUUCUACUUUGACUACUAAUACAGUGGGUCCACUGGUGAUGGCCAAGUAUUUUGCCCCCCUGCUUCAGAAGGGAACAGGGGCGUUUGGUCAACAGUCCCCAGAGAAAGAGAAACAGCACAGUGGCAUCAUAGUAAACAUGACUGCUAGAGUGGGAUCUAUAGGAGACAAUGAUCUUGGAGGUUGGUAUAGCUAUAGGAUGUCUAAAGCUGCCUUAAACAUGGCCACCAGAAACCUGUCCAUUGAGCUGGGACGAGGGCGCUCUAAAAUUGUGUGCGUAUCCCUGCAUCCUGGAACUGUGGAUACAGAUUUGUCUCGGCCCUACCAUCGAAAUGUACCCAAGGACAAGCUGUUCAGCCCAGAGUACUCAGUCCAAUGCCUUAUGAACAUUAUAGACACUCUAAACAUAGACAAAACAGGUAAAGCCUAUGCAUGGGACAGUACUGAAAUACCAUGGUAAACAGUCUUGUCAAAAACGGCAGUAUUCUGUGUGUACCCUGUUUUAAAAUAAGGUGGAUGGGGAAAAAAUGUGGCCAAGCAAAAUAAUGUGGGUUUAUUGAAAAUCUUCAAAAAAUACAUACGCAUUCCAGGAAGACUUGCUAAUGUUACUGUCCUUGUUUCUUUUUCAUGUUGACCGUAAGAAUGGUACACUCUAUCUGUUGUGCUCAAAACAAUGAAGCUACCACUCAGAUAAGAAGAGCUUAUCUCAAAUUUCAGUAUGAAAGACGUCAUAAGAAUCUACUUGGAUUUUUGUGUAUAUUAUAUAAGAGUACAAUAAUUUUAGCACUGUUUUAAAAUCUAUAUGCAAAAUGUUUAUUAAAUGAAAUCUUAAUUUAGGAACAGUUCACCCAAAAAUGAAAAUUCUGUAAUUACUCACCCUCAUGUCUUUCCAAACCUGUAAAACCUUUGUUCAUCUUCAACACAAAUUAAGAUAUUAUUGAUGAAUUCCGAGGGCUUUCUGACCCUGCAUAGACAGCAAUGCAACUACCACAUUCAAGGCCCAAAAAUGUAGUAAGGUCAUUGUUGAAAUAGACCAUGUGACAUCAGUGGUUCAACUGUAAUGUUAUGAAGCGAGACAAAUAUUUUUUGUGCUCAAAGAAAACAAAAACAGCUUUAUCCAACAAUCUCUUCUCUUUCAUGUCAGUUUUUAAUGCACAUACACGAGAGUACCAUGACGCACGCGUAUGCAUUCCUCUGCUUGUAAACAAGGCACAACGCAUCUAGAUUCUAGCAUAGAACGCCGGCUCCUCAAAAAAUAUAUAUAUUCACGUAACUUCAUAAAAUUAAGGUUGAACUACUGAUGUCACAUGGACUAUUUUAAUGAUGUCCUUACUACCUUUCUGGGCCUUGAACAUGGUAGUUGGAUUGCGGUCUAUGCAUCAAAAAAUAUUUUAAUUUGUGUUUGAAGAUGAAGGUAUUACAGGUUUGGAAUAACAAAAAGGUGAGUAAUUAAUGACAGAAUUUUCAUUUUUUGUUUAACUAUCACUUUAAAACAAUUUUUUUGCAUUGAAUCCAAGAAAGCUUUUAAAUGUAUUUAUUUUUUAACAACUUGUUAUAUGCCUUUUUGAUGGGACACAAUAAAGCUUUGU